CUGCGUGAAUUCCCAGAGAUAACUCGCCCUCCAGGUAUGCACUUACCAUACAAACACAGUACUCUUCACCAUAUCAGGACGACUACAGGACCUCCAGUAGCCAGUAAGCCUCGACGCCUGGAUCCACUUCGUAUGCAAGCGGCGAAGCAGGAGUUCUCAGACAUGCUUGCCAGCGGCACAGCCAGACCAUCGGAAAGCGCUUGGUCUUCUCCUCUGCACAUGGUAAAGAAAAAAGACGAUAGUUGGAGACCAUGUGGAGACUACAGAGCACUGAAUUAUAGAACGAUACGUGAUCGAUAUCCCAUCCGUCAUAUCCACGACUUUUCAUAUCAACUCACAGGCUGUUCUCUCUUUUCUACCAUCGACUUAGUCAAGGCGUACAAUCAGAUUGCUGUUAAUCCAGAUGACAUUAUGAAAACGGCGAUCACGACUCCAUUUGGAUUGUACGAAUUCCCAUUCAUGAAUUACGGCUUAAGAAACGCAGCACAGACCUUCCAGAGGUUCAUUGACGAGGUGUUGCUAGGACUCGAUUUCUGCUACGGAUAUAUAGAUGACAUCUUGGUAUUUUCGUCAUCCAUCCAAGAGCAAAAAAACCAUCUGCGGCAACUCUUUGAACGCCUAAAGCAGUACGACGUCGUGGUAAAAACUGACAAGUGUAUACUUGGCCAACCAGAAGUCACGUUCGUGGGAUACCACGUCUCAGCUGCAGGUACGAAACCACUAGAGUCCAAAGUCGAAACUAUCAGGCAAUACCCCGUUCCUAAAACGGUCAUAGAACUAAGACGUUUCUUAGGCAUGCUAAACCUCUACCGUCGCUUUGUUCCCAACGCAGCCCAACUUCAAGCACCGCUGAGUGACGUUUUCAAAGGCUCAAAAAUCAAAAGGUCUCAUCCGAUAGUCAUGACUCCGCAAUUACUUCGAGCCUUCGAAGACUGUAAGGAAUCACUAUCUCAAGCAACUCGUCUCGCUCAUCCAGACCCAGCUGCAGAACUAGCAAUAGUGACAGAUGCGUCUGAAACUGCCAUAGGCGCCGUGCUUCAACAACGGAAAGGUAAGGAUUGGGAACCACUUGCUUUUUACUCUCAUAAGCUCAGCAACGCACAGCGGAAGUACAGCCCCUACGACCGAGAGCUACUAGCUGUCUACGAAGCCAUCAAAUACUUCCGACAUAUGUUUACGACUGACCUUAAAUACUUACCUGGUAAGGAAAACUUAGUUGCUAACGCACUUUCUAGAGUAGAGGAAAUCACUACAGCUGUGGACUACGACGAUCUUGCACGAGCUCAGGACAAAGAUCCAGAAGUACAAAAUCUACUCCUUCAUGGCUCUACCCUUCAAUUGAAAAGGAUCAAUACUAUGAAUGGUAACUUACCUGUCUAUUGCGACACUUCUGUGCAACCGCCACGGCCUUAUGUUACUCCUCAGUUCAGAAAACAAGUUUUUGAUACAAUACACAGCUUACACCAUCCUGGAAGUUCAGCUAUUGUGCGAUUGGUCUCACAAAGAUACGUAUGGCCAGGGAUACGUAAAGAUUGUAGAGAGUGGUCUCGGCAAUGCUUCUCAUGCCAAAAGAACAAAAUCACCCGUCAUACCACGUACCCGCUUUCACCUUUCCCCACUCCCUCGUCGAGGUUUUCCCAUAUCCACGUCGACAUCGUAUGGCCCUUAAUUCUUACUUCUGGUUACAGAUAUUGCCUUACCGUCAUCGACCGUUUCACGCGAUGGCCUGAGGCAUACCCCAUGGUGGACGUCACGGCGGAGACCUGCGCAGCUGCUCUGGUGUCCGGCUGGAUAGCACGAUUCGGCUGUCCUGCAGUGGUGACUACAGACCGUGGUCGCCGAAUCGACAGGCAUCUCUUCAAAGCUCUCACCAAGUUGGUUGGUGCGCGUCACUUGCGCACAACCGCCUAUCACCCAGCUGCAAACGGUAUCAUCGAACGACUUCAUCGGCAACUCAAGGCGGCGAUCAUGUGCCAGACACCAUCGCAGUGGACGGAAGCCCUUCCACUGGUUCUCUUGGGCAUGCGCAACUCAUGGAAAGAAGAUCUCCAAGCUACCCCCGCCGAAUUGGUAUAUGGUCAAACUCUCAGCCUACCAGGCCAAUACCUAUCUCCAAUAGACGACUACACCACGGCAGACAUCACAGAGUACGUAACAUGUCUACGAUACUGCAUGGCCAAACUGACUCCCAAGCAGACAUCAUGGCACACCAGCACGACGACGCCAUUCUACAUACCACGGGACCUCCACACAUCCUCUCAUGUUUUUCUUCGCCGAGAUCAUGUUCGAGGCUCACUCGAACCACUCUACGACGGACCCUUCAAAGUACUAGACAAACAUGCCAAGUACUAUACUAUAGACAUAAGAGGAAAGAAAAACAACGUCUCUGUCGACAGACUAAAACCAGCGUACAUGACCAAAGAAAUCCAAGACCCGGAACCCAAAGUCCCUAUGGAACCUAUUGUCAACAUGGAGAAAAUCAUGCGGAGUGGCAGAAGACUGAGAUUUCCUCACUACUAUCGACCUUAG